CGUUUUACCCGGAAGUUAUGAGUUUGCCUCCCCGGUGUGUCGGAUGAAUGCAAGCAAUAACAUUUGUGUUCCUUGUUUAGAUGCUUUUAGACGAAGACAUGGCCUGGAAAAGCAAAGGUGCCCCUCUUCCUCCGGCCUCCCUCCGCCUGCUCGUCUCUCCAGUGCGACUCAUGUCUGCUUUCAUCUGGCGAGUCGUGCAGCAGCACCGCGUGAUGCAGUACGACGAGCUGGUGGACUUCAUCAGUCUGGCUACAGACGUCGUCCCAGAGCUGCUGAGUCCCAGUCAGAGGGCUCAGCUCACGCUGGGCCUGAGAGCGAGGCUGGUUCUGGAGCUGUGUCGUGGUGAUGGCGUUGCCAACUUGCAGACCAUCCAGAGCCACCUGGAUAAAAUCCACGCCUGCAGCGCUGAACUGAGCUCCACUGGUCAGAUGGCCAGUGAAGAUAUACUGAAGACCUCUUACAUCAACUUUGCCGGCCUGGUUCAGAACCUAUUGAAUGUUCCUCAUGAAAAGGAGUUCUUCUUCGAAGAGGUUUUUCCCAUAAACUACGGCUCAAACUAUGACCAAAGACUGCAGCAGCUGGUGUGUGAGUUCUUGUCCAGACUGGAGCAGCUGCUGCCCACACCGGACCAGCAGCAGACAGCGGCGUGGCUCACUGAAACGACAUGUGGUUCAGAAGAAUUUGGACAGAAUCUGUCUGAACCAUUUGCCCUGAAGAGCCUGCUGCUUCAUCACAGACAGUUGGGGAAUCUUAGCACUUCUCCUUCCAGCAGCGAGCACGAUAGCCUUUUGUCCACCUUGGCCCUACCUGCUCAAACUGGAAUGGAGAGGUUCACUGAGCCCGACAGUGAAGAUGAUGAUUAUGACCAUGAGGAAGGGAACCUGGUAUUGGAAGAUUUAGAAGGAGACUUGAGUCAAACCUCUGACGUCACUGCAGAUGAUUGGUUGCCAAAAAGGGAAUCAGGUCCUCUGUCCCGUUUAUUCAUCUGCCCUCAGUGUUCAUUCACUCACCGCAUAAAGAGGAAGGUCCAAGAGCACAUCCAGAGUGAGCAUUACGUAAGAGCUCCAUGUCAGAAAAAACUAUCCGUGAAGAAAGCCAGAGCAGAGGCUCAGCAGGAAAGUAAAAACUUGAACGGUGAAAAGCAGAAACUCGAAGGCAUCUUAGAAAAAAAGAGGACACGCAAACAAAAAGGCGGCGUUGAAAAGAAGCGUGAACGUAAGCAGAAGAAGGACAACUUGGAAAACAAGGCACGACCGAGGCGAAAAGAGCCCACGGGGGAAGACAAAAGGUUUCUGAGCACACGACACAUCAACAAAAAGUUCACAGAGAAAGAAACGAAAUGCCUGAAGUGUAAAAAGGUUUUUGAACUUCCAAAUCAACUGAAGGCUCACAUGAAGCUUCACAGCUUCCCGUACUGCUGCAACCAAUGUGAGAAAGGGUUCACCAGCCCUUCGGGUUAUUAUCAGCACCAGAGGCUCCACAAGAAAGGACGGAUAUUUGUCUGCAGCCAGUGCAACAAGGGAUUCCUGUGCAACUAUUCGCUCAAGCAACACGUGCGCCUGCACGGAGGCCCCACCCACCUGUGUAACAUCUGCGGGAAAAGCUUCAGCAAAGCAGGAAUUACGAGACACAUGCAGAUGCACAAAGGGGAGAAGAAUUACUUGUGCACCACAUGCGGGAAGUCCUUUUUGUCCUCCGGGGAGCUACUGCUGCAUGUUCGGUCCCACACGGGUGAGAUGCCGUACACCUGCACGCACUGCGGGAAGGGUUUCUCCACCAAGAGCCACCUGAACGUCCACACGCGCUCUCACACGGGGGAGCGUCCGUACCUGUGCUCGGCGUGUCCGAAGCGCUUCCUCACGGUGAAUUGCCUGAAGAGACACACGCUCAGCCACAACGGGGUGAAACCGUUCAAGUGUCCAAACUGUGAGAAAAAGUUCUCCCAGCAGGGGAAUCUGAAAAGACACCUUGCAACUCACAAACCCGACACGUAAAUUAGACAAAACCGUAGAGGGCAGAAUGUGUAGUCAUAGUUAAAUAAAUGUUAUUUUUCACAAAACACUUAAGGGUUAUAGUUUUUAUUGGGUAAUUGCUAGCAAUAAUUGAACAGUAAAGUAUUUUAAAUUCUUCUUAUGUGGGUUAUUCAUUACGCAGUUAUCAAAAUUGGUGCAUUUUACCAACAUUGUUUAGUUUUAGGCUCCUACGUUGUCACCUUUUUUGCUUUUUCUCAAGUCAUAUUCAACUGUGAUAAAAAUAGCACUGUUGAGACCUUUUAUAGACAGCCGAGUUUAAACUUUAUAAAAGAUUUGAUGGUGAAGAAGACAAUUAUUUGAGUUGCCAUAUGUCUUUCAUUCUUUAAAUCCUGUGUGGAUCAACUAACUAAAAAUGUAACGGCAGGUUAUCGUUCCUCGAUGGUAUCGGUCGACACAGACGGGCAUGAAAAAGACCUGAAAUGCAAAAGGAAGUGAAAAACGCAGCUGUAGGAAAUGCAAUUUAUUUGCAAUUUUUUAAUAACAUCAUUCCUCAGAUAAAAAUGCAAUGUUACAGGAAUAUACAUCAGAUAUUAAUUUAAAACUUGCUUUCAAGGGACCAUACAGUCUAAAUAUACUUUUUCCUUUUUUUAUUUACUGGUAGCGUGCGUUAUAAGCAAGACAGACUCUGUCACCAAUGACAGACUGACAAGUUACAGAUACAAACUAUACAUUACUUAUUUACAAAUAAACUUUUUGUUUGGUUUUUCGUUCGUACUUUUUAUUGAAAAUAGGAGUAGAAAAAGUGAUUGAAUUUAUAUUCUGAUUUAUUUCAUUUGUAUUCUUUCCCUUUCCUAAAAUGUAAAAUGAAGUGAAUGAACAAAAAAAAAAAGGAACUCUCCUUUUGACAAAAAGAAGGCAGCAGAAGAAGAAGAAGAAGAAGGAAAAAAAGGGAGUGUCAACUGUGAGACCAUGCAGUCAUCACUGAGGAGACAAAUGGUAACUGAGGAAACCAAAUGAUGUUGGGCCAGUGUCACUUAGCAACCUCAGAACCAAUGAAAUCCCUUGCAGUUAAGGGGGUGGCUUAUGUUAAAGAACAGUUACAAAAUGACCACCUGCCUCCAAAGCUACCGCAAGUACAAUAACACUCUAAUUAAUUUUUUUGACCAUAAAUAGUGCUGUUAUUAAAUACUACAUUUAGCAGUAGUGUCACUACUAAUAUUACAACAAAUUGGUAUCUGUGUGAACACCUCUCUCCAUACAAAACAAUAACAGACUUCUCUGACAGAAAACAACCCAAACAAACAAACAGCUCAAUCCUGUCAAAGGCCCUUUAACACUUGGCAUGAGGAGUGAAUAAGACUACGAACAAGAUCAUAAGACACUACUGACCAGUGGAGAACAGAGCCACAUAGCCAUGGCAUUUACCCAGUAAAUAAGGAACGGAAAAGCCUUCAUUAAAAACUACUGAAUAUGGAUCUGUGGAUCUCCUACCAGCGAAUCAUCAGGAUGGCUAAAACCCAGAUCAAUACUGCCUUGGUAAAAAAUAAAAUAAAAAUCACGCCUGCAUGCUGUUAAAGAGGCGUUUCCACACCAGCAACAAAUAACUCACGGAAGAAAACACUGGUAAUGGUCAUGACACUGCUCUCUCUCAGAUAGGCCAACUCGUUCAUUAAAGCUGCAUUUGCACACACAGGCACACAACGCCUGUUUGUUUCUCACUCUUUGUGGUUAAGUGUGACUUUCUUAGCAAAACGUUUGGAGAGAUCCUUUGUGCCGACAAAGGGUACAUUAGAUUUUCUUUUGCGUGUCUGUUGUGGCCAAAACUGAGAUAGCUAUUAACAUGACCCUCAAGUAAGGGCUGCUUGAAAAGAAAUAUUCAAACAUAAACCAGUAGUCUAACCCUCAUUUCAAAAGAUAUGUGAGCAUCACUGCGUUCUACAUUCAAGGGAUGAGAUCCUCAUCAUCAUUCGCGAUGCAAUGUUAAGUCGCUCUCAUCAUUAAAACUAGAGAGAAUUAGCAGAUGCAGGGAGGCACGGACAUUUGUGGUUCCACUGAGCCGUUUCACCACCAGAACCACUCGCAGAAAGUCAACAUCCUAGAGCUGAGAGUUGUUAGCUGGAGUAAUAUCCUGAAGGAAGUCAGUGUUAGAAACACUGGCUGGGACAGAAAACUCCUCUCCUCAAUCGGCAGGUUGGGGGUGCAGCGUCCUUCUCCAUUAAAGUGAAACACAAAGAGCAAUCGCUGUGUCAGACUCAGAAAUUCUAAUAUGUGCAAGUAGGAAUCUCUUUUGUGGUUGAUUAUUGAUUUGAAUAACAAUAAGAGAAGGAAUGAGUGAUAAACACAAGGCGUUCAAGGUCCUCCCACUCCUAACAGUCAUCCUUAAUGUUCUCAUACGCACGCUGCUACUACCUUUACGCAAGCAAAUAUCUAUUUGGUUCAGCAGACAAGGAAAAAGGAAGUAAAUCAAAUAUGCUUUAGCUCAUCGCCACACUCAUGAGUGAACACAUCUAAUUUUCCCAAGACUGAUUGGUGAAGACUUAACAUGCGUCUAUGAGUGUUACUACAGUACGAGCCAGUGCAACACAACUAGAGAGCCGGUUAGAAUUCCUUCAAGGUUUUAACACAGGCAUACAUUUGCCUCCAAAAUCCAUACAACAACUUCUAAUGAUAACGAAUGUGUUGCCUGACAAUCCUUUUAAAGAUCAUCGUUCAUCGUAAUUUCUCGAAUGUUAAUCAAGAUUCACAAUGAAUCCAUCAGGUGUCGGUAUUGUAGUCACGUUGCAUCUGCUCUUGUUGCUACCCAAACGUAUGCACUGGCAACACACAGACGAAGGCUGACAAUCACACAAAGAAACAUUCAGCUGACAGAAGUUUAACAGGAUGGUGCCCUCCGAGCCUCAUCUGGGCAUUUCCCCCUCAAAGAACUAGAUUAGUUUUGAUCCUCUGCAAAGUUCAGCUCCAAACUAAUAUUUAAUAUAAUAUCAUUUAAACAUAGCUGUUCUAUAUAUAUAAUAUCUAAAAUAGAAGACACUCGCAAUAUAAACUUGUAUUUCAUAAUAAUAUUCUCUUUUGCUUUCUGUUCCAUUUCCCAAAGUGUCCACCAGCACUGAUGUCAAAAUAUCAUCUGUACAAGAGACGAUCCUCUUGUUUCUCCAGAAAAGGGAAUUCAUAUUUUAAUUAGAAUUAAAGAAGAAAAAAAAUGAAAAUAAAAUCUAUAUUCAAAAUAGUCCUCUUAAAAUAUUUUUGUCAGCAUCAAACAAUGAUCAACGAACACUUCCGUUUGCAAGAAAAUAUAACGGGCAUCUGUUGCAACGAUGGCAGAUCCACAUAAGAAGGUCUGAUGAGUGACCAUCUGAUGCAUUGAUAUGUAGCACACAUCUGUGUGUCAUUUAGGAUAAACACACAGCUCUUAUACGUGUUAUUCUACUUUUUUUGUGAAAGCAUGUUGGAUGACAUCUUUUCUUAAUACUGAGCAGCUUGAAUUGUAUUCUGUCAUGUACAGAAGCUCUUCCAUGCAAAAAAAAAAAACAACUCUGCCAUUAGAAAAACUGUAUAAACUGUUCCAGACAUAUCUGUUUUUCAUCGCUGCAUAAACCCACAACAUCAUUUCAUUACUCCCCUUCCUGCAUUUAAUGAGGAUUUCUCUGCACAUAUAUAGUAUAGUUCAAGUCCUCUGUUCCUUUCUUGGAAGAAAACAAAUAGAAGCUACAUGGCUCAAAGCAUAGAGAUAUAUACUCCUUGAUAGGCAGAUAUGUUUUUGGUUUGAUGUCUUAAAUAGCUUUGCUAAUGCGUUUGAAAAACAUGUACAGUGUUUGUGUGUGUAUGGCUGAUGGAGGACGAGUGGAGGUGAAACUGGUCUCUUGGUGCUACAG